GGACAGAAACCUGCGGACAGCGAUGCAGAAGCGGUGGUGCAGUAUUUGAGCAAGAUGCAGCAUUUAUCAGCAUUAUGGUGAGCGCAACGCCUGAUGCCUGAUACACCAUGACUUGGCGCAUGAUGCAGUGGCUCCUCGCAACGCUUUUCGUCAUUCUUUCUCCUGCUGAGCUGCGUGUCUCGAAGCAGAGCAUGACUGGACAGCAGAGUAACCACCCAGUGCCCCAACCAGCAGCUGAAACGGGUGGCAGACAUCUGCAGGACUGUGAGGUGAUUGGCUGGGCCGAACUUUGUGAACGAAAGAAGUUGACGGCCGGGUCGUGCUUUCAACUUCAGUCCACCGCGGCAGCUCCACUCUGCGAGCUGCAAGGGCCGCACGGGGCGCCGGCGCAGCUGCGCCCAGCGGCAGCGGGGAUUCUGACCUUGACAUCCGGGGAGCUACGCAUCACCGGGCAAAUUCAGAUGACUUCUCUCCGCCUGGCAGCCAAGACUGUGAACUUUGCAGAUGCUCACGUCGAAGCGUGGCAUGAAGCUCCAUCGGAUCCAAGCUCCACCGCAUCUGGUGGCGCCUUUUUCAGCGAGGGGUCAUUCACUUUGACAAGGUCCCGCCUGACAGUGAGGGAUGUUCGGGCUACUACUAUGGAUGGCGGUGGCUUCGCAGCGGACGGAGACCUGAAUGUGCGCCAAGACUCUGAAGUCGUGAUCGAGAACGUUUCAGCCAAGUCUGGUGCUGGCUUCUUUGCCAUGGGAAGUGUCUACAUUUCGGACAACUCAAUGAUCUUCAUUCAGAAUGCCAGAUCCACCAAAAGCGGAGGUGGCUUCUCAACCAAAAAACGCCUGCGAGUGUCCAACAGCUCAGUUGUGAGCCUUGAGAACGUGACCGCGCAGAAUCAUGGAGGAGGUUUCUAUGCCCUUGGAGAUGUUGAGAUAGCUGGCCACUCGACGGUCAACAUUUCCAACAGUCACGCUGAAUCAGGAGAUGGAGGAGGUUUUCGCAUUGGAAAGGGCUUGAAGGUGUCCAACUGCUCAAGACUCAUCAUUCGGAAUGCGACAGCUGGAAAAUAUGGAGGAGGAUUCUAUGCCAAGAGGACCUUGAUCAGCAGGUCCACAGUCACCAUUCAAAAUGCCACGGCGCAGCAGUUUGGUGGAGGGUUUUAUGCAUUUGAUGAUGUUGUCAUUGAAGAGAUGUCAAGCGUCAGCAUUUCCAGUUCAAGAUCGGGAGACCAGGGCGGAGGCUUCCAAGCGGAGGGGCGCUUGCAGGUGACCAACAGCUCAGUUGUCACCCUUCAAAAUGUGACCGCACAAAACUAUGGAGGAGGGUUCAUUGCUUUUGGAGAGGUAGAGAUAGCUGGGAACUCGACGGUCAACAUUUUCAACAGUCAAGCUGAAACAGGAGAUGGAGGAGGUUUUGACACUGAAAAGGGCUUGAAGGUGUCCAACGGCUCAAGACUCAUCAUUCGGAAUGCGACAGCUGGAAAAUAUGGAGGAGGAUUCUAUGCCAAGGGGAGGGCUUUGAUCAGCAGGUCCACAGUCACCAUUCAAAAUGCCACGGUGCAGCAGUCUGGUGGAGGGUUUUAUGCAUCUGAUGAGGUUGUCAUUGAAGAGAUGUCAAGCGUCAGCAUUUCCAGUUCAAGAUCGGAAAAAGCUGGCGGAGGCUUCUUUACGGACAGACGCUUGCAGGUGACCAACAGCUCAGUUGUCAGCCUUCAGAACGUGGCCACACAAAAAAAUGGAGGAGGUUUCAAUGCCCUUGGAGAGGUUGAGAUAGCUGGCCACUCGACGGUCAACAUUUUCAACAGUUACGCUGAAACAGGAGAUGGAGGAGGUUUUCGCAUUGGAAAGGGCUUGAAGGUGUCCACCGGCUCAAGACUCAUCAUUCGGAAUGCGACAGCUGGAAAAUAUGGAGGAGGAUUCUAUGCCAAGGGGAGGGCUUUGAUCAGCAGGUCCACAGUCACCAUUCAAAAUGCCACGGCCCAGCAGCAUGGUGGAGGGUUUUGUGCAUCUGAUGAGGUUGUCAUCGAUGAGAUGUCAAGCGUCAGCAUUUCCAGUUCAAGAUCGAGAUGGGGCGGAGGCUUCCAAGCGGAUAGACGGUUGCAGGUGACCAACAGCUCAGUUGUCAGCCUUCAGAACGUGACCGCGCAGACUUCUGGAGGAGGUUUCUAUGCCCUUGGAGAGGUAGAGAUAGCUGGCCACUCGACGGUCAACAUUUCCAACAGUCACGCUGAAUCAGGAGAUGGAGGAGGUUUUCGCAUUGGAAAGGGCUUGAAGGUGUCCACCGGCUCAAGACUCAUCAUUCGGAAUGCGACAGCUGGAAAAUAUGGAGGAGGAUUCUAUGCCAAGGGGAGGGCUUUGAUCAGCAGGUCCACAGUCACCAUUCAAAAUGCCACGGUGCAGCAGCAUGGUGGAGGGUUUUAUGCAUCUGAUGAGGUUGUCAUCGAUGAGAUGUCAAGCGUCAGCAUUUCCAGUUCAAGAUCGAGAUGGGGAGGAGGCUUCUUUACGGACAGACGCUUGCAGGUGACCAACAGCUCAGUUGUCAGCCUUCAGAACGUGACCGCGCAGACUACUGGAGCAGGUUUCAAUGCCCUUGGAGAGGUAGAGAUAGCCGGGAACUCGACGGUCAACAUUUCCAACAGUCAAGCUGAAACAGGAGAUGGAGGAGGUUUUUACACUGAAAAGGGCUUGAAGGUGUCCAACGGCUCAAGACUCAUCAUUCGGAAUGCGACUGCUGGAUAUUUUGGAGGAGGAUUCUAUAAUAACAAGGGCAAGACCUUGAUCAGCAGGUCCACAGUCAGUAUUCAAAAUGCCACGGCCCAGGAGUGUUGUGGAGGGUUUUAUGCAUCUGAUGAGGUUGUCAUCGAUGAGAUGUCAAGCGUCAGCAUUUCCAGUUCAAGAUCGGAAAAAGCUGGCGGAGGCUUCCAUACGAACGGACGCUUGCAGGUGACCAACAGCUCAGUUGUCAGCCUUCAGAACGUGACCGCGCAGACUACGGGAGCAGGUUUCAAUGCCCUUGGAGAGGUUGAGAUAGCUGGCCACUCGACGGUCAACAUUUCCAACAGUCACGCUGAAACAGGAGAUGGAGGAGGUUUUCGCAUUGGAAAGGGCUUGAAGGUGUCCACCGGCUCAAGACUCAUCAUUCGGAAUGCGACAGCUGGAAAAUAUGGAGGAGGAUUCUAUGCCAAGGGGAGGGCUUUGAUCAGCAGGUCCACAGUCACCAUUCAAAAUGCCACGGUGCAGAAGUUUGGUGGAGGGUUUUGUGCAUCUGAUGAGGUUGUCAUUGAAGAGAUGUCAAGCGUUAGCAUUUACAGUUCAAGAUCAGCAAAUCAGGGCGGAGGCUUCUCAACCGAAAAACGCUUGCAGGUGACCAACAACUCAGUUGUCACCCUUCAAAAUGUGAACGCACAAAACUAUGGAGGAGGGUUCAUUGCUUUUGGAGAGGUAGAGAUAGCUGGGAACUCGACGGUCAACAUUUCCAACAGUCAAGCUGAAGCAGCAAAUGGAGAAGGUUUUGACACUGAAAAGGGCUUGAAGGUGUCCACCGGCUCAAGACUCAUCAUUCGGAAUGCGACAGCUGGAAAUUAUGGAGGAGGAUUCUAUAAUAACAAGGGCAAGACCUUGAUCAGCAGGUCCACAGUCACCAUUCAAAAUGCCACGGCCCAGCAGCAUGGUGGAGGGUUUUGUGCUGCUGAUGAGGUUGUCAUCGAUGAGAUGUCAAGCGUCAGCAUUUCCAGUUCAAGAUCGGAAAAAGCUGGCGGAGGCUUCCAUACGGACGGACGCUUGCAGGUGACCAACAACUCAGUUGUCAGCCUUCAGAAUGCGACCGCUGGAAGUCAUGGAGGAGGUUUCAAUGCCCUUGGAGAGGCUGAGAUAGCUGGCCACUCGACGGUCAACAUUUUCAACAGUUACGCUGAAUCAGGAGAUGGAGGAGGUUUUCGCACUGAAAAGGGCUUGAAGGCGUCCAGCGGCUCAAGACUCAUCAUUCGGAAUGCGACAGCUGGAAAAUAUGGAGGAGGAUUCUAUACCAAAGGCAAGACCUUGAUCAGCAGGUCCACCGUCAGCAUUCAAAAUGCCACGGCCCGGCAGCUUGGUGGAGGGUUCAGUGCUGAAGGAGUCGCAGUUAUCCAGGAUUCUACCGUGGCCAUGUUCAGCACGGAUGCCGGGGCACAUGGUGGUGCUUUUUCUGUGUUUGGUUUGACUUUGCACAGAAGUCAAUUGUCGGCCAGCCACUCCACAGCGCUCGGAUCGGGUUUCGGAGGUCGUGUAGAUGGUCAAGUGCUUCUUUCAUCUGAAUCCAACUUGGUGGUGAAGGAUGCCCAAGGUCUCGACAAUUCCAGCGUGCUGGCAGCAGGUUGCCUCCACCUGCAUGAUCGGUCACACAUUCUCUUUGAAGAUGCCCUUGGUGGCCAUGGGGUGGAGUUGCAAAAUAGUGGAUGCUCUGACGUUUGCUCAAACAGUACGUUCUAUGUCGAAGCGGAUGCAGCCCUCAACGCCAGUGGUCGCUUGAGCUCCGGUUUUCUCUCCCUUGCGUCCUGCCCGAAGGAGAAGGUACGUCUGUCAGGCAUCCACCUGCACUCCUGGUCCAGCGCGUUGCUCAGCACCCGGCCCAGUUCUGUGGUGGUCGACCAAGUGACUAUCGACUACGAGCCACCCAUCGACAAUUUGCAGGUCCUGGCUGCCAAGGAUGGCUUUGAGAUCGACUCUUUGACGGUUUCCUGCCGGAACUGCCCAUGGGGCGUGACUUUCAACGCUACAAAGGACAGAAGUCUGAAAGCCGUGAGCUCUGAAUAUCUCAAAUGCUCCAAGACCGUCACAGCGUCCAAAGGCCUGACGCAGCGUUGCAAGUGUUCCAACUACCAGAUUGCAACCGAGCACUUCCGCGGUGUAGAUAUGGUGCCCUUGGAAAGCAGUUUCCAGACGUGCAUGUUCUGCAAACCUCACUUCCAUUUUCAGAAUGACGAUUGCCGGAAGUGUGGAAUCUUCAAUGCUUGGUCUGAUGGAAAGAAAGAUGUUUGUCACGUUCUGCCACGCCAGAGCUCAGCAGAGUUGUUCGCACUUUUGACAGGUGCAGCUGUUGUGGUCAUUUUAACCUUCCUUGCUUUUGAGAUUUUGCAUGCUUUGGAUGAGUACAGGAAGCAGAUCAACUGCAAGCCAUUUCCAGGGCCUGAUGGAACCCAUCCCCGCAACCAGGGCUUGCAGGUUCUGACUUUGCGGGGCUUGUGGAUGCACUUCGAGAGCUACAAAGCUGCGUUUUUCAUUUGCGAGCCUUUUGUGCCUAGUGCGAUGGCGAACAACCAGUGGAGAAUUGAAGCCGAACUGGGAAGUGAUCCCAUGGAGAGCGCCUUUGCACUCGCCUUGACAGCGGGAAUCAAGGGAGUCGCGAUGGUCAUGGACCAGGAAGCGCAGCCGCUCACAAGUGACCCGACCAGAGGAAGGGUAAUCAUAAUAAGCAAUCAUUCUUUCAAUUGUUUUUUUGUCUCGGUUUGUUCUGAUUUUAUGUAUGGUUGCUAUUGCCUUUGCGUUUGCUUCUUUUCCUACUUAUUUAUUUCUUCGUUUCGCUUUUCUGUUUCUUCGUUUGUCUGCUUCUCUGCUGCUCCGCUUCUCUGUUUCUUGUAUUUCAAUUGUUUUUUGUUUCUCUGCUUUUCUGCUAGGUAG